AUGGCAGCAGCCACAGGCUCUGCUGCAGUCAAAACUGCCAAGUCCUGCAAGAAGCAGCGAGCAGCGAAGCGGCAGGCAGGCAUCUACACCUACCAGGAGCCACCCCACAGCAACUCAGAUGAGGAUACUGGUGAAGAAAAGGCUGAGAGCCAUGACCCAGAGCAGAUCUUCCAGAACAUCCAGUACCAGAAGGAGAUAAUGUCCAACAUCCGAUGCCGGCCGUGGCCCAUGAGGCAGAAGCUGAGGGCGCUCAGACAAGCGAAGGAGAUCGUGCUGAAGUACGAAGGGAGGCUCACCAGAACCAGGGGUUACCAGGCUGCUGGUGCAGAGCUUUGGAGGAAGUUUAUUCGACUUGCAUAUAACUUUGUGGUCAUCUUUAUUCCCUGGGAAAUGAGAAUAAAGAAAAUUGAGAGUCAUUUUGGGUCUGGAGUUGCCUCCUACUUCAUCUUCUUGAGAUGGCUGUUUGGAAUCAACAUUGUGCUCACCAUAAUGACAGGAGCCUUCGUAGUCUUACCCGAGCUGCUGGCUGGAGCCCCGUUUGGCAGCACCCUCAGCAAGACCAUCCCCAAGGAGCGUAUUGCGUCUGCUCAAGACCUGGACACCAUCUGGUCACUAGGGGGCUACCUCCAGUACUCCGUUCUGUUCUACGGCUACUACGGGCGAGACAGGAGGAUUGGCAAAGCUGGAUACCGGCUGCCUCUUGCCUACUUCCUUGUAGGAAUGGCAGUGUUUGCUUACAGCUUCAUCAUCCUCUUGAAGAAAAUGGCAAAGAACUCAAGAAUGAGCUUGGCAAGUGCCUCUGAUGAGAAUUACACCUUCUGCUGGAGACUCUUCUGUGCCUGGGACUAUUUAAUUGGAAACCCUGAGGCUGCAGAGAGCAAAGCUGCUGCCAUAGUUAACAGCAUUAGGGAAGCUAUACUGGAAGAGCAGGAGAAGAAGAAAAGCAAAAACUUGGCAGUGACAAUCAGUUUAAGAAUCAUUGCAAACAUCCUUGUGCUCCUCUCUCUUGCUGGAAGCAUUUACAUCAUCUACUUUGUGGUGGAUCGAUCCCAAAGGCUGGAGCGUGCCAAGAAGGAACUGACUCUCUGGGAAAAGAAUGAGGUAAGCGUGGUGGUGUCCCUGAUCACAAUGAUUGCACCUUCUGCUUUUGAGCUCGUGGCAGCUCUGGAGAUGUAUCACCCAAGGACUACUCUUCGCUUCCAGCUCGCCAGGGUUCUUGUUCUGUAUUUGGGAAACCUCUACAGCUUAAUCAUUGCUCUGCUGGACAAGGUGGACAGCAUGAGUGUCACUGACUCUGAUGUUAACAACGACGCAGGCAAUUCCACCAACUUCUUUGCAACCAAAACUCUUUCUAAAGAAGACAAUUUCUCUACAACUGUUCCUGGUGCACAAGUGGAGAGCAAUGGCAUUAUCACACUGGAAGAGAGUCUCACUCAAGGCUUGAUUCUCUCUGACUCACUGGUUAACAGCACAGCUUCCUUUAACUCUCAGAACCCACAGGAUCAGUGCUGGGAGACAUAUGUUGGUCAAGAGAUGCUAAAGCUUUCAAUCAUCGACAUGAUUUUCACAGUGGCAAGCAUCCUGCUGAUUGAUUUCUUCCGUGGGCUCUGUGUCCGGUAUUUGAGUGAUUGCUGGUGCUGGGAUCUAGAGAGCAAGUUUCCAGAAUACGGAGAAUUCAAAAUUGCAGAGAACGUGUUGCAUUUGGUCUACAACCAAGGGAUGAUCUGGAUGGGAGCUUUCUUUUCACCUUGCCUACCAGCAUUUAAUGUUCUCAAGUUGAUUGGCCUGAUGUACCUGAGGAGCUGGGCUGUGUUAACCUGCAAUGUGCCACACCAGCAGGUGUUCAGAGCCUCGAGGUCCAACAACUUCUACCUGGCCAUGCUGCUGUUCAUGCUGUUCCUCUGCAUGCUCCCAACCAUCUUCGCUAUUGCCCGCUACAAGCCGUCUUUAAGCUGUGGUCCCUUCAGUGGACAAGAAAAAAUCUAUGAUAUUGUUUCUGAAACGAUUCAAAAUGAUUUUCCCACAUGGUUCAACACAGUGAUUACCUACAUCAGCAGCCCUGUGGUUGUCCUCCCUGCACUGCUGCUUUUGUUCAUGCUAAUCUAUUAUCUACAAAGUAUUGCAAGAUCACUAAAAUUCACCAACAAUCAACUGAGGAUGAAGAUCCAGACAGAACGAACUGAAGAUAAGAAAAAGGUGGUGCAGAUGGCAGUAGCCAGAAUCCAAAAUCUGGAUGGGAAUGACAAGAGACCAGAGCAAGAAAAUGAUCUCCUCAGCCAGGAGUCCUCUGCUUGGUCCUCAACACCCCGAAAGAAUGGUAGUGUCUUGAACUUUGAAUCUCCUGUGAGCAAAGGCAUCAGAAUCCAAACCAUUUCCCAGUCUGUGCCGCAGGCUGUGCCCUCAGCUGAUACUUCAAGACCUGCUACUGCAGCUCCCACAACUCCAGCCUCCAUGACACCAGCUGCCUCAGUAGCCAGUGUGCAGAAAGCAAGAAACAAUCACAUCACUAACAGGUACUCAAGCGCUGUGCAUGGCAGUGCCAGUGAGCUCUGCAAAGCAAAGCCCUACACAGCAGUGCCUUCCAAGAUGCACACUGAGGAUGUUCACUCUGAGCCUCUCUUCAGGAGAGGCCUUCGGAAGGUGAACGUGGAGGACUUUGGGGCAGGGGCUCCUGUUGUGGUGGGACACAGCCCCUGUGCUGCCAGGUAUUUCCUGGUGAACGAAAAGGAGCCCCGCAGAAAGCCGCUGCGCGCUGCCUCACGGCUCCAGAGGCACCUGAGGAAGGACGACUCGGGAGACAUCAUCGAGCUGUACCCACGCAGUGUCAGGAGGUACGUGGUCCGAACGCCAUGCCAGGUGUAUUCCCCUCACCCCAGUGAGGAUGAGGACGAUGAAGAGGAACUUGGGAGAGAAUUCAUGAGCAGAUCUCACCGCCCUCGCUCGCUGUCUGACCUUCGCCCAGCACCACGAUUUUACAUUGGGGAACAUGGUGAUGGCCACGUUCUUAUGAGCAAGGACCUAGCCAGAGUGCAUUACAAGUCCUGGAAUGAUGGCUUUGAGCUAGAUCUGGACAGGCCUCCAUAUGCCUACAAGAAAGUGCACCUGAACUACCCCGAGCCACGUGUGAAACCAAAAUCAAAGCAGAAGCUGGAGCAGUCGCUAACAGAAUCUGAUUCCAUUUCCAUGGAAUCCAGUAGUGAUCCACAGAACAGCAGCAAUGACCAGUACAUCCAAGUCAUUCACAGCAAGGAAAAGUAUCCCAAAUCUGGGACAAAAUUCACCAAAAAGAAACCAAAAACCAAUGUCAACCUCAGUACGUCUGAGCCUAAUGAGCUAGUGUGCUCAAAUGUCUGA